UCCAAGAUGUCCGACACAAUAAAUCUAGAGGUAAUUGGUGGACAAGGAGGUAAUGCAUUCUCAUUUACUGGUCAGGAAAACGGUGCCAGUUUAGAGAAGAUCGGAGUCUGGGUGGGAGAAUGGCAGGUGAAGGCUGUCCGGGUCUGGCUUUCAGAUGGGAGAGUUGAAACAUUUGGAGUAGGUUCUGGACCAUAUCAAGAGUACACGUUCGAGCCUGGUGAGUGUUUCACCUCACUGUCCCUGUGGGGGAACGGAGCAGGAACACGUCUUGGAGCCAUCAAAUUCAAGACCAGUAAGAAGGGAGGGGCAGAGUUUUUUGCAAAGAUGACAAGCUGGGGUUUAAAAACCGAAUAUCCCAUGGAUGUCGGCUCUGGAUAUUGUUUGGGAGUUGUAGGAAGAGGUGGUUCUGACAUUGACUGCAUGGGAUUCAUGUUUCUCAAAGCAGUUGAAUCAACAGUUCUCACUGAUGUCAACUAUCCCACUCUCCACCAACUGAUACCAAAGGUGACAGUAGAAGAAAUCAAAUCCCUCACUUUCAGGAACAACUCAUCCACCACACAAAAAGAAAAAGUUGAAAGCUCAAAGAAAAUAACUAACAAAUCUUCAUGGUCUGUGAGUGCAAGUUUAUCUGCAACAUUUAGUAUGGAAGUGAAAGCUGGGAUUCCAGAGGUUUUAGACAUUACUGCAGGAUCCAGUGUCACCAUUGGAAUUCAAAGCACUUAUGAUCAGGAGCACACAGAUGAGAGAACCGAAACUCUGUCUACAGAUUUAGAUGUUCCACCAGGGAAGAAGAUGGAUGUUUCAAUCACUAUUGGCAGAGCCAGUUUUGACCUGCCUUACACUGGCACAGUGAAGAUGACCUGCAAGAACGGCAGUGUGUUUGCGUACAGAACCAAGGGCACAUACAAAGGCGUCACUUACACUGAUAUCACAGUGGAUACCAAGGAAUCUCCUCUGUAA